UCGGCUCUGGAGGGUGGGGACACACGCGGAGAGAACCACGGGGACCCAGCUGGGAGAGCAGAAUGGGGACUCUGUGGAGCCAGGAGAGGCCCCCAGAAGAGGAGCAGCCCACGGAACAACGGAGCAGAUGGUGGGCCCCAGCCAGGCGGCUGCUAACAGCUGUCCUGCUUUUAGGCCUGUUCCUUGGUUCUUCUGUGGUUUUGUACUACAUCUUCUGGAGCUGUGGGCCUCGCCCCUGCAAGACGCCCGCUUGCUGGCGUCUCCUGAAAUACUACCAGGCCUCCGGGAACACCAGUGUGCCCCCUUGCACCGACUUCUUCAGUUAUGCCUGUGCAGAGGCCGAAGGAGCCAAUACUUCUUUUCAGGCCCUUGCUGAGGAGAACAAGAGCCGACUUCAGAGGAUACUGGAUGACCCCCAGUCAUGGCCCCCAGGGUCUGGGGAGGAGAAAGCCUUCCAGUUCUACCGCUCCUGCCUGGACACAAAUGCCAUCGAGGCUGCAGGGGCUGGUCCCCUCAGACAGGUGAUUGAGGAGCUUGGAGGCUGGCCAGUCUCCAGUAACUGGACUUCCUUAGAUUUCAACCGAACUCUGAGACUUCUGAUGAGUCAGUAUGAUCACUUCCCCUUCUUCAGAGCUUAUCUGGGACCUCAUCCCACCUCUUCGCACUCGCCUAUCAUCCAGAUAGACCAGCCAGAGUUUGACGUUCCCCUCAAGCAAAAGCAGGAACAAAAGAUCUACGCCCAGAUCGUGCGGGAGUACCUGACUUACCUGAACGAGCUGGGGUCCUUGCUGGGAGGAGACCCCAUCCAAGUGCAACAGCAUGCCUCCGUGUCCAUCUCCAUCACCUCGCGGCUGUUCCAGUUCCUGAGGCCCCUGGAACAGCAGCAGGCACGGGAGAAGCUCUUCCAGAUUGUCACCAUAGAGCAGCUGCAGGAAAUGGCCCCGGCCAUUGACUGGUUGUCCUGCCUGCAAGCAACAUUCACACAGAUGUCCCUGAGCCCCUCCCAGGCCGUCGUGGUCCAUGACCUGGAUUAUUUGAAAAACAUGUCGCAACUGGUGGAAGAACAGCUGUCAAACCACAGUGACUUCCUGCAGAGCCACAUGAUCUUCGGGCUGGUGGGGAGCCUUUCCCCAGCACUGAACAGUUCGUUCCGGGAGGCACGCCGAUUGCUGAACUGGAAACUCCAGGAGCUGAUGGGACGGCCACCUCCGCCUGCCUACGAUCGAAAGAUGCAGUGCGUGGAGGAGACCGGAGCCUUCUUCGAGCCGGCCCUGGCAGCCUUGUUUGUUCGUGAGGCCUUCGGCCCGAGCACCCAGAGUGCUGCCAUGGACUUAUUCACUACCAUCAAGCAUGCCCUUGUUACCCGCCUCCAAAGCCUUCCCUGGAUGGAUGAGGAGACCCGGAAGGAGGCCCAGGACAGGGUGACCCAGCUGCAGGUAGAGAUGGGGGCCCCUGGCUGGGCCAUGACGCCAGCACUUGCCAGCCAGAAAUACAGUGAGGUGCACCUCGGACCCAACUUCCUGCAGUCCUUCCUGAGUGGCAUUCAAUCCCGUCGAGCCAGAAUCAUCCAGAGCUUCUUGGAGCCUUUCCCCCACCACAGGUGGCAGGUGUCUCCCUGGGGGGUCAAGGCCUAUUACUCAGUAUCUGACCACGUGGUGGUCUUCCCCGCCGGACUCCUACAACCACCGUUCUUUCACCCCGCCUACCCGAGGGCUGUGAACUUUGGCGCUGCCGGUAGUAUCAUGGCCCGUGAGCUGUUGAACAUCUUCGACCAGCUCUUAUUCUCUGGGAACUGCCUGGCUUGUGACACGUACACCCUAGAGAGGGAGCUGCAGUGCCUGGAGAGAGGCUACGCUGCCUUUCCCUCACCCGGUGGAACUUCCUUGGGUGGCUUCCACUCGCCUCUGGAGAGCGCCGCCGACGUGGGGGCGCUGGCCAUCGCCCUGCAGGCAUACGACAAGAGGCUAUUAUGGCGCCGUGGGGAGGCCACCCUGCCCGACCUGGACCUCACCCCCCAGCAACUGUUCUUCCGGAGCUAUGCCCAGGUGAUGUGUAGGGAGCUCAGCACGCAGGAUUCCCAGGACACUCAGAGCCCACCCACCCUCCGGGUCCAUGGGCCUCUGAGCAACACUCUAGACUUUACCAGACACUUCCACUGUCCACAAGGUGCCCCCCUGAACCCCUCCCACCGCUGCCAGCUCUGGUAA